GAAUACAAUUAUACAAAGUUAAUAUUUAAAGACAAAAAUUAUAAUCUUAGUAACCUACUUAAUUUUGCAACAAUGCAAAACAACAAUCUUCUUAACGCUGCACUUAAUACUAUAAUAAAUGACCAAAAUAUUGUUUCGGAAAAUGAGUACAAUAUAAAACAAGCCCAAGGUCAUUACGUCAGUAGGCAACAGGUUGAAUUGUCCUCAUUUCAUCAAGUGAGCCUUGUAGGUGGUAAAGUAGGCUCAGCCUCGGUUCAAGAAUCGGCACCCAAAGAUUCUUUUCAGAUUUUUGUAAAAACACUGAUUGGUAAAACUAUUACGUUACAUGUCAGUAGCCUUUCGACCAUUUAUGGACUAAAACGGAAAUUUCAAGAAAAAGAAGGCAUUCCACCGGAACAACAACGUUUGGUUUUUAAUGGAAAGCAGUUGGAGGAUGAUAGAACGCUUCUUGACUAUAAUAUCCAACACGAAAGUACGUUACAUAUGGUUUUACGUAUACGUGGUGGCGGAGAA